AUGCCUGCCCACUCGCCGCCCUCGCCAUCCCUCAAGCCCACAAAGCGACCGCGGCAGGGCUCCUACGACGCCGACGUAUCCCCGCCCGCCUCCGCCGGCAUUGACCAAAGCCCGUCCGCCGCCGAACAGAACGAUCCGCUCGCCAGCGCCGGCGCAGCUUUGGCCGCUGCCGAAAAGAUCGGAGGCAAGGCUGGCCAGAGCAGCAACUUCCGCAACGUGAGCGCCUGCAAUCGCUGCCGUCUGCGCAAGAACAGGUGCGACCAGAAGCUGCCGAGCUGCGCGAGUUGCGCAAAGGCGGGAGUCGCAUGCGUGGGCUAUGACCCCAUCACGAAGAAGGAGAUACCCAGAAGCUACGUCUUCUAUCUAGAAACGCGCGUCGAGCAGCUCGAAGCAUUGCUCGCCAAACAUAAUGUCCCCUUCCCGCCCGCCGAGAACCUGGAGCCGUCGUCACGCGUGGGUGCCGACGUCGCAAGAUGGAACACAGACGCCACCUCCUCGACGCGCUCCGAGAGCAUCGAAGGGUCCGGUCCCGCAAAGAAUAGCAUACACCGUCCCGAUCUAGAAAAGGCCAAGAAGGCGGAAACCGGUGGCACGGGCAUGCUCGAUAUCGUCAGCCCUUCCAAGCCAAGAUCUCUGGCCUCGGCCUCGGGCGUCUCAUUCAACCGCGUCGUCUUCGCCGCUGUGCAAUACUCGGUGUCGGAUCAUAACGGGACCCAGGACCGGACCGGGGGCAAAGGUCUGCCCAUAGGCAGCGGAACUUCGAUGCGGGAUUCUUUCUUUGGACUUCACACAAAACCUACGAUUCGCCCGGCCAACUUUCCCGAGAGAGAUGUGGGCAUGAGGCUCGUGACGCUCUACUUUGAACAUGCGAACCCCCAAAUACCCAUCCUCCACCGCGGCGAGUUCAUGCACAUGUUCGAUCAGGCGUAUACUAGCCCAGGCGGGCCGCGAGGGCCUCGGGAGCUGUACAUGCUGAACAUGGUCUUCGCGAUAGGAUGCGGCGUAAUCGUGGGCGAGCCUGUGAAGUCCGAGGGCUCGGGCGCGGGUCCUCGCAACCCUGCAGAUGCGAACAGUUUUGGCCAAGCCCAGCCGGAGGAGUACCACGCUAGCGCCCUCGUACAUCUCGAAGCUUGUCUCGGUAACAGCGGCGGCGGGUUAGAGGUUUUGCAGGCUGUACUGUUGUUGGCUAAUUUUGCGCUUCUGAGGCCAGUGCCCCCCGGCCUUUGGUACAUUAUCGGCGUAGCUGUGCGUCUAGCUGUGGACCUGGGUCUGCACUACGAGGACGGCAGCGACGUAGAAACAGCUAUGCUUGACCCCUCCGGCAAGGUAAAGGAAGAGAACGGCGACAUGGGCGAGGCUAAAAACGCCCAGUCGCGCGAAAGGGGAAGACGGCUGUAUAUCCGGGACAUGAGGCGGAGGUUAUGGUGGUGCACAUACUCCCUGGAUCGCCUGGUGAGCACUUGCGUCGGGCGACCUUUCGGCAUCAGCGACCAGGUCAUCACGACCGAGUUCCCCUCGCUAUUGGAUGACCAGUACAUUGCGCCGACCGGGAUCUUGGGGAUGCCCGCAUCUUUGGCUGAGCCGAGCUAUAAGCACGUAGCGUAUCACUACUUCAAGCUGCGGCUGCUGCAAUCCGAGAUUCUGCAGGUGCUGCAAUAUAACCAGACGCAGGUCGUGCGGGCUUCCGGUCAGAACCUGACCAACUCGGAUAUUCACACCCGCAUACCGUCCCCGUUCCUCGUCAGGUUCGACUCGUUCCGCUCGUGGCGUAUCGACAUCGAUCGCAGGUUGUACCGGUGGAAGAAUUCGGCGCCGACGCGCGAGGAGACGGGCGUGGCGUUCUCGACAGAGUUCUUGGAGCUCAACUACUGGCAGGCCAUCAUCAUGCUCUACCGCCAGAGCCUGAGCGUGCCCGCCUUGUUCGAGGGCGAGUACAACCCAUCCAACGAGGUGAACAGCCCGACGGCGUUCCAGGCGGAGCUGCGGGAGGACGAGGACAGGAUCUAUCUCAAGGUGGCCGAAGCUGGGCAGAAAAUACUGCGCAUCUACCGCCAGCUCCAUCUGAGCGGGCUGGUCAGCUACACCUAUCUUUCGACACACCAUCUGUUCAUGGCCGGCAUUUCAUAUCUCUACGCCAUUUGGCACUCGCCCAUCGUCAGAAGCCGACUCACCAUGGACGAGGUGGACUUUACAAUCUUGGCCGCCAAGUCAGUCUUCACCGACUUGAUCGACAAGUGCCCUCCUGCCGAGACUUGCCGCGAUGCCUUUGACCGGACAGCAAAGGCCACCAUAAAGAUGGCCAACUCGACUGGCGGCUUCAACUCGGUGCCACCGCGUAAGAUGCGCGAAAGCAGGUUCGAAUGGAGCUCCGCCCCGAGUGACGGGGCAUCGAUGCCGGGCGCCAGCAACCCACGGCGCCGCCAGCAACACCAAGGCCAACAGAGCAAUUACCAAAUGGACCUGACGCUAUCCGACACCCUCUCAUCACCCAGCCUCUCUGUUGCCGGAGACCUGCCUCCGCGGAGCUCACCGCGCACCGCCGACUUCAACAUGAUGGCACAGGGAAGCCCCUCAGAGAUCGACCCCGCCUUCGUCGCGUCGCCGCCGGUCCCUCGCCGCCUAGUAGCCGAGCGAUCCAGCAGCGGCGGCUCGUUUCUGACCCAGCAGCAGCAGCAGGGAGGAGGGUCGUAUAACGCGGGCGAGUACCCAGACGUCCAGACCAUGGAUUUCCUCCAGAGCCUGCAGGGCAAUCCGAAUGAAGAGCUUGGCGGGUCCGGUGACGUGACGACACCGCAGCUUGACCUGGGGUUCGGCAUCAACUGGGAUAAUGUGCACCACGACUUCAGCGACGGCCAGCAGAUGAACAUAUUUGACGGAUUUUUCUUUGGCAGCCAGCAGCAGCAGCAGCUUCAACAACAGUCGCCGGAUCAGCAGCAAGCUCCCACCGGCAGCGGGAACGCGAAUUGA